AUGAUACAGAUUCAACAACACAUCUUCGUUGUCUUUUUCCUAAUUAUUUGUUCAUUGUUCAAUCCAAUACUUGGAGGUAAUCAUCAUCGACGUCUGACGAAAUAUUUGUUAAACGAUCGGCAAUAUGAUCCACUCGAACGACCUGUGGAAAAUGAUUCGCAAACAGUACAUGUUAGUAUGAAUUUUGCAAUACAACAAAUUCUCAGUUUUGACGGCAAAAAUGAAGUUAUUAUCAUAAGUGGAUGGUUGGUUCUUACAUGGCAUGAUUAUAAUUUAGCGUGGGAUCCGAAAGAGUUCGGUGGUAUUAGUACUGUUCGACUACCGAGUGCUCAAAUUUGGACGCCCGACGUUCUUCUCUACAAUAGUGCUGAUGAAAAGUUUGAUAGUACUAUGAGAGUGAAUGCUGUUAUACAGAGUAGUGGUGAUGUGUUGUAUGUUCCACCCGGUAUCUUCAAAUCGAUUUGAAUCAAUCUAACCGCUGAAAGUAGUAAAGGUCAACUGGAUGCGUAUAUUAAAAAUGCUGAAUGGGAUUUAGAAAACUUUACCGCUGUUAAUGAUGCUUUAAAAUAUGAUUGCUGUCCAACUUUAUACCCGUUUGUACUUUAUACCAUCCAAAUUCGACGACGAUCGUUGUAUUAUUUUACAAACAUCGUUGUACCCUGUUUUCUCAUUAGUUGCAUGACAAUACUCGGUUUUAUCUUAGCACCUGACAGUGGCGAGAAACUAACACUGCAAAUAACAAUUCUCCUGUCUGUGAUCAUGUUCAGUUUACUCAUGUCAGAAAUUAUGCCUCCUAGUUCAGCUGCUGUGCCAAUUAUUACUAAAUAUUUUCUAUGCAUUAUGGUCAUGUCGACAGUCUCGGUUGUUGCAUCCGUCUUUGUUAUUUCUAUGCACUAUCGAAGUCCAAAGAAUCAUCGGAUGCCUAUAUGGGUUCGCAAAUACAUCGGCGAUUACUUGGCGUGGUUACUACGUAUGAAACGCCCUCGAUACGAUCUAACUCUAAACGGAAUCCGUUGUCGAUGGACUGCAUUCGAAAAACAACUCAAUGUUAUCGAUAGAUCAAAUGAGAAUGCUCAUUGUAGAUCUCCUUCUGCACCAUUAUUGAGUAACGCUUUCGAAACUCUACCGAAUAAUGUCAUUAACAUCGACGAUCGAGAUAUCCAUCGUUCAGACUCUAUUAUUCAAUUCACACCGUCUCCAAUUGCAAAAUCAUCACCUUCACGUCGACAUCCAGAUCUAACUAAAGAAACUAAUUCACUCGACACAGAAAUGAUUCGUUCAGAAUUGCGAAUGAUUCUUUCGCAAAUCUCCAUUCUUACGCAUCAUGUCCGACGAGAGGAAAAGUUAGAUGACGAGUCACAAGAUUGGAGAUUCAUAGCAAUGGUCAUUGAUCGUCUAUGUUUGAUCGCAUUUACCAUUUCCAUGGCAUUAUUCACUGCAUUGACUCUUUUAUCUACACCUGCGUUCUAUAAAUUACAAUAG